AUGACUUCUUUCGGAAAAUAUGUUAGUAAUUUUGUCAAAACAGCUGUUUCGUCUAUAUCCCCUAAUAAAGUAACAUCUUAUACUUUAAGCCAGUACGAAUCUGAAUAUGAAAAUUGUGAACAAUUACUACAACAAAAGUCAAUUUAUUAUUUCUACAAAGUGGCAAAUCAUUUUGAUAUGGUUUACUUACCUGGAUCAGUUGGCAUUCCAGUCAAUGGAGAGACUGUUUACGCUUACAGUUUGUUUAGAUUUCAAGGCGAACAAGAAGCAGGCGUCGCCGUAUUUUUAAGAUACAUAGAAGUUUUGGAUCCUCUGCAUUUAGCCUGUAUGAACAUGAGUUUACCCAUUGAUCGCACAUAUUUGGAGAAAAUAACUGCGUACUGUCGAAACCAAUGUGGCUGGUCAGCUGCUCAUGUAGCUGCAGCAAUGUCUUGGCGUGAGGUUUUCUUAAGCGAGUCAAUAAACGGUCUUUUGAAUGAAUAUGAUCCUCUUUCUGGUCUAACUCCACUACGAGUCGCAAUCAAAGAGAAUGAUGAAGAGACAGUUCGGUCUUUAGUAACUUUGGAUAAUAUCAAGGCAACUGAAAAAGAUGAGGAUGGUAAUACUGUUCUCCAUUUGGUUUUGGGAGAUACUUCGGUGAAAAUUUUAUCUCUACUUCUUGACAAUCUUCAAAGCUUAGAUGUGAAUGCUUUGAAUAACAAAGGUGAAUCUCCUUUACAUAUUGCAUGUCGUAAUAAUUCUAUGGAAUGCAUUGAAAAACUGCUUAAAGCUGGUGGUAAUCCUAUGAUUGGUGAAUUCGAAUCAUUUCCUAUCCAUAUUGCUGUCAAUAAUGAUUCACUUGAAUGUGUUAAUCUACUUUACGCCAAUUGUCCUAAUUGUAUCAAUCUACCAGAUUUAAUAAAUCAUAAUACUCCAAUUCACUUGGUGCAUAAUCAGAAAAUCUUUGAAAGAUUGUGUGAACUUGGAGCUAAUUUAGAUGCACGCAAUGAUUCAGGAUUGACUAUUUUACAUAUGAAAGUACGCGAUAAUAAUUUCGAGGAUGUUUUGGCCUUAUUAGUUCGUGGUGCUGAUCCAAAUUUACGUAAUGCUAGUGGAGCAACUCCUUUACAUUAUGCCAUGACCUAUAAUGCAUCGAUUCAUAUUAUUCGUGCACUAUUGGCAUUUGAAGCGGAUCCUUAUGCUCUAAACAGUAAUCAGCACAGUUGUCGACAUUUAUUAUGUUGUAAUGCUGAAAGUUAUGUACCUUCACCUGAUCGAGAUUUAGCCCUGUACACUUUGGAUGCAUUAGGUGUCAGUCGAUGUCCUCCUGGGACUGUGGAUUGUACAGAAGGUUGUAUAGACCUAGAAUGUGCUGAAAAACGUAAUCUAUCUGUAUUUAAUGGUACAGCUCCAGAAGUAGUUCCUCAUUUAGCAGAUAUCGCACGUGAAUCAAUUGAAGAAAUUCUCUUAUCCACUACUUCAGUUGAUUGUAACCCUUCACAUCAAACAAGUCAAAUGACUCAAUCUCAAACAAUGUUGAAUAAUGACUUAUCAAAUGGCAUGAUUCCACGUUCAUACAAUUCUCAUUCAGAAAACCACGAUGUAAAUCAGAAUAAUAUUAAACAACGAAAUUCACAACAAUUUUCACAUUCUCCAAAGUUGCAUCGACGAAUGGUAUCUUUACCAAAUGAUAAUAGUGUACAGUUAGUCAGUCAGUCCCCGACUGACGGUAGUAUACACCUGGCAUCUUUCAGUAUUCCUUCUGACUCAAAAAUUGAACUCACAUCGAAUUCACAUUCAACUGAACAUUUAGAUUAUAUUAAAUUUACUAAUGUAACAAAUAAUUCACAAUCACCUGACAAUACAAAUCCCAGAAGAGUACAUUUACCAGUAGAGGCAGCAUGUUAUUUCAGGCCUACAAAAUGUAAUUGUGAUCCUUCAGUGUUCGCUAAACGUAAUGGAAUACCUAUGGAUUCAGGUACAUCAAUAAUAUCAACAACAACAAAUUGUGCUACUGCUAGUACUUUUGACACUAUUCCCACAAACACUGAUAUUGAUGAUAUAUCUAGAAAUAAGGGGGACGAUUUGGACAAAUUCAUCAAUCAUAAUCAACUAUCUGACUUAAAUACAGAUGAUGAUGAUCAUAAUCAUUGUAAUUUUACCGAUAAUCAACAUGGUGUUAAAAAAUCCAAAAAAUGGAAAAUUGGACCUAAUGGUCUCCGUGUUCUAUCACUUGAUGGUGGUGGUAUGCGUGGAUUAGUUAUCGUACAAUUACUUCGUGCUUUAGAAAUAGCAUCUGGAAAGAAAAUUAUAGAAUUAUUUGAUUGGAUCAUUGGUACUUCAACUGGUGCAGCGAUAUCACUAUUCCUAUUAUCCGGCAAAUGUUUAUAUUGUUGUCGUACAUUAUUAUUUCGAUUCAAAGAUCUUGUCUUCUGUGGUAAACGACCAUAUCCACCGGAACCAUUAGAAAUGUUAAUGCGUGAUGAAUUCGGUGAUAAUACUGUAAUGACUGAUUUAAAAACAGUCAGAGUUGCUGUAACCACACUUGUCAGUGAUCGAUGUCCACCAAUAUUGCAUAUGUUCAGAAAUUAUAAAUCUCCCCGUACUCGAAUACAACAAAUUUUAGAAACACGUCAAUCUGGAUUAAAGUCUUCUGUGUAUCGACGAACACACAGAAAAAAUAGCGGUUUAACUCAUCGUCAGUCUACUUCCGUCCUUGAGCUUGAUCGUGAAGCUCAAUCUCCAAAAUCAUCAACACUUUCAACUUCUCAAUCUAUUUUAAAUUUCUUCUCAAAUGCUCAGGGAUUGUUAAUAGGUAGUGAAACAAGUGCCAACCUUUCAACAUCUGACACUGAAUUAAAUAAUCCGUUUGAACAAAUGCCUGAAGAUAAUGAACAUCCAGUUUGGAAAGCUGCUAGAGCUUCAAGCGCUGCACCGACAUAUUUUAGACCUUGUGGGCGCUUUUUGGAUGGUGGAUUAAUUUCAAAUAAUCCAACACUAGAUAUUUUAACAGAAAUUCAAGAAUUACAACUUUUACAACGUUUAAAAAAUAAACCUAUAACUCCUAUAGCAGUGGUUGUUUCUCUUGGGACUGGACGGUUGCCUGUAAUGCCUGUAGAGACAGUAGAUGUAUUUCGCCCACAAAAUAUUAUGGAAACAUAUCGAUCUGUACGUGGUUUCGGAUUUCUUGGUCGUAUUCUAGUUGAAAUUGCAACCAUGUCGGAUGGUCGAGUUGUUGAUCGUGCUAGUGCAUGGUGUGGUUCACUUGCAGUACCAUUCUUUCGAUUAAAUCCUCCAUUAUCAACUGAUAUUAGUCUUGAUUCUACUGAUAGUAAAGAACUUUUACUAAUGAUUGUUGAAACUCAAACUUAUUUACGCCGAGUUCACGAACGGAUUGAGCUGUUAGCUUCAUUGUUGCAAUAA